GACCUUCGCGUGCGCGGUGAACUAGAUUAUUUAUGCAUGACUCUUAAGUCUCCAGCUUAUCUGUGUUUCGUAAAUAUUUCACAGGGAUGGUUGGUGGCUAUACAGUCCUGCGCGAAAAGUCAGAAAAGACUAUCAGAUACAAGACUCCCAGAGGUAAAGAGGUUUGUUUGACAAGAGAAGUCUAUCUUCGGGACGACAUACCAUGCAGAAGUUUGUCGUGCUCUCAGGUUGAGUGCCACCAAGGUGGACAUUGCUUACCAAGAGACUUGGAAACGUACAUUUUAAUCGAUGGAUUUUAUGCUCUCAACUACUGGGAACUAUUUGAGCUUGAAGAUAUAAAGGGUGUUAUUGUUUCACUGUCGUCAGUAAAUUUUGUUCAGCAACAGGCCUCAACGAAACGCCCAUAUAAGAGAAUUCGUUCAAGUCUUGAAGAUGCCAGCCAAACAUGCAUUUUAUUUGAUAACGAGUUUAAUCGCUCCUGUUUUCGUCCUCCUUUUGCGGACGAGAGCCUUAAAGAUUACACAACAAGGUUAGAGCAGUUUGUGUUAAACAUUUCCACAGAAUGAAUUGGGUUGCUGCUAACUGGUACAUAAAUCACUUGAAAGGCCACGUGUCAUUAGUUUUCGUAACAGAUAACGAGAGUUAUGUCCACACUUAUUCAUCUGAAACAAACACCACAUCUUGCAAAUUAACUGUCUUGGAUUUACCAGGGUUUUUACAGAUAUACUACCCUACGCUCACAACCGCCAAACUUUUGUUUGAUUCUUUGGAUGUAUCACUUCGUUCUAUUCAAUCCAAAGACCACAAUUUACCAGAGCUCUCAAAAUCAGAAAACCCUUCAGAGUCUUUGGACUCGUACACCAUGCCUUCAGUGCCUUCUGUCGGUCACGUAUAUCCAGAGUAUUUACCUGAAUCGGCUUUAGCUGCCGGUUUACGAUCUGGACAAUUUUUGAAGGGUAUUCUCCACGUGUCGCGUUUUCGACCGACUACUGAGGCUAUGGUAGCCUUAACAGAUGCUAGUGCAGUAAAGCACCAACCAGAACUUAAAGAAGCGUUGGCAGCACGGAGUGAGAUUAUGAUUCACGGGCUACAACAUCGUAAUCGUGCUGUUGAUGGAGAUGUAGUCGUAGUACGUCUUUUGCCCCGCGUUCAUUGGAAAACUGUUUCAUCCGAUAUUAGUGCUCAAGAAAACUGUGCAGCUGAAUUUGUAAAUGAUUUAUCAAAUAUGUCUGGAAGUAAACCUAAUGAGGAUUGUUUUAAGUCAGAAACAAUAUCACGAAGUCUACCUUGUGGCUUUGUUGUUGGUGUUAUCAGUCGUAAUUGGCGUGAUUAUGUUUGUACAUAUGUUCCUAAAUCUACUGAAAAUUCAUUAGAUUCAAAAAGUGAAAGUGGAUGGAUAAUAGUUACUCCAUGGGAUCGUCGUAUUCCUCUCAUUCGACUGCAUACUACACAAAUUUCCAAGUUAACUCGUGAACGUUUUAUAGUACGAAUCGAUACAUGGGACUCGUAUUCAGCUUAUCCAAGUGGUCAUUUUGUUCAAACUCUAGGAUGUAUUGGCGAUUUGGAAACAGAAACACAAACGAUACUAAUUGAACAUAAUUUAGUUAUUCGAAAUUUUACUGAUGCACAGCUGAGUGAAUUAGCACCACUAAGUGUCCAACGCCCUUGGAAAGUUGAUCUGGAAGAAGUAAAGAAACGUCGAGAUCUUCGGUCGCCCACUAUUUCAGGAAAUCCAGACUCCGAAGAUAUACUUAUCUUUAGUAUUGAUCCUCCAGGAUGUCAAGAUGUAGAUGAUGCUCUGUCCGUUCAAUGGUUACCACCUAACGUCGAUGAAUAUGGGAAAGAACAUAAACGUUUGCAGCUGGGAGUACACAUAGCUGAUGUUAGUUAUUUUGUUCCGUCUGGUAGUUAUAUUGAUAGUGAAGCUCGAAGACGUUCAACCAGUAUUUAUUUAGCUGAUCGUCGGUAUGACAUGUUACCGGGUUUGUUAAGCGGAGACUUAUGCUCUCUAUGGAGCGGGCGUGAUCGCUAUGCUGUUAGCGUAUUAUGGGAAAUAGAUAUGGAUUCAUUCGAUAUCUCAAAUAUAUGGUAUGGUCGUACGGUAAUCCAUUCAAGCUAUAAGUUAACCUAUGAACUUGCUCAACGCAUAUAUGACUCAGUCACUGCAGAUAACAUAUCAUCGAAUAGCUGUGCAGUGGAAGAGUUUAUUAAGAAGUCAGGUGGAUUGGAAGCUGCUAAAAAUGAUAUACCUGAAUUAAGAGAUUUAAACCGGGAUGAAUGUUUAACUGCUUUGGAUAAGCUUAGUAAAUCUAUAUUAUUAUUGGUUGAUAUUGCCUCUAAUGUUCGUGAACGUCGACUUGCCAAAGGAGGUUUAGAACUUGAAAGUGUAGAAGUUAGUGUUCAGUUUGCUAAUCCUGAAACACGUACUGGAAAACUAGAGGACUUGAUUCCAAAAGAGCCCCUUGAAAUGCACAAUACAGUUGCCGAGCUAAUGAUAUUUGCAAACCAUUGGGUUGCACGUCGAUGUGUAGAAUAUUAUCCUGAUCGCGCUUGUCUACGUCGACAUCCACCUCCGCGUCCGGAAUAUUUCGAUGAACUUAAACGCUGUAUAGCUUGUCGAGGCUUUGUUUUAGACACAAGUUCCAAUCUUUCAUUAGCGAAUUCCUUAAAAAAUGCAUCAGAUCCUAAUGAUCCUGAGGUUAACAAGGUGGUACGUCAACUUGUUACACGUACAAUGACAAAUGCACUAUAUUUCUCAACGGGUUCAUCAAAUAUGACACAAGAUCAGUUUUCCCAUUAUGGUUUAGCCCUUAAUUUGUAUACACAUUUCACAUCACCCAUACGACGUUACGCUGAUAUAAUUGUUCAUCGUCUUCUGCUUGCUUCAUUAGGAGACUUCAGGUCACUGACAACAACACAAAGUGAACUCAACUCGAAAAAUACUGAGUUAGUCACAAUUUUAGAAAAUAAUACUGAUGGGUUAUUUUCUUCUGAAGAAUUAGCUUCUAUUUGCAAUCAUAUGAAUGAACAACACUGGGCUGCUCAACAAGUUCAACGAUCCAGUUUAGAAUUAUUUCAAGCUUUGUUCUUUAAAGAUAAAGCAGUUGAUGAUCCAUCUCGAUAUACUGAAGGAAUCAUUUGUCAGUUGAGAGGCACCAAUGGAUUUAUUGCCUUUGUUCCCCGAUACGGUAUCAAAGGUGCAGUUUGCAUCAAAAACGCAGACGGUCACAUAGCAUGGGUUGAUUAUACAACAUCCGAUUCUGGUAACAUUCUUUGGUUACAAGAUGUCCAAGACAUAGUGGUAUGAAAUGUUUUAUCAUUAUAUUUUCACUCACACAAACCUCCAGAGUGUUAUAUAAAUUUGGAAUACAACUACUGUUAUAAACAUUAAUAUACUUGUUAUAACGCUAGGGGCUUCUGGUUGUAACAGUCCUUUCACUUCUUACACGUAUGUGGGACGUUGAUUUACCAUAGAAGAAUAUCUACACUAGAUUCCCCACAGUGUCUAUUCUACAGGAUUUCAACACAACUCAGAUCAAGAACACGAGAUUAGCCUGACUACAACGUCAAUAUAUUUCCACACCAAAAUCCGACACAAAGAACAGUCAAUCAAUAACUGUCCAUACAUGAUAAAGAUAGGGGAAUAUAUAUAACACAUAAACACCUAUCAUCCCAUCUAAUGUCUGACUCAUCAAAACAACCAAUCAUUGCCAUUCUUGCCCACACGUCAACUACUUAUAACUUUUGUUAUUCUACAUCAUACCUUUUGUUAUUAAAUGUCUGUUAGAAAAUGAAGCAACGCUAUGCACUUGAUGUAAAUUCAAGUCUUCAAAUUUAUUUUCUAGUAGGAAGGAGUUUCAUAUUUUUACAAAUUGAUAUCCAAAUUAUCUUUCGGUACUAAAUUAUUUCUAGCAUAAAUGCACAAAUGUCUUUCGGUUAUCCUUCGUUGUACAUGUAGCAUAUCUUUCGAUUGAAUUCAAUCAUUUUCUCUUUCCAGUAGAGAAAGGUCUUUUUAACUCAGGAAAUUAAUAUUUUCAUGUAAAUUCUUAUGCUCGUACAAUUCAGUGGCAAUUCAGCCAGUGUAACACUAAUCGUGAUAUUAUGAAAAACAGUCUAGAACACAUUCAUGCUAUAAAUUAUCACUGAUGUUCUCCACGCGUUCGAUAAUAUUAUCAAGACUGAAAGAUCAGAUAUCUAGACUAGACACCUCACUUUACUUUAACGAAAUUAACUGAUCGUAUGGAAAAAGUUAAUCACUGAAGUUCUGAGAACUAAUGCUUUCUUGUUUGUGAACACUAAGCAUGAUGAAACAAAAAUGUGGUAAACACAGUGAACAGCUCAAUAUCAGUUCAUCUAGUUAAAACCGGUCAUUGUGCCAGUACAAACCAAUCAUCUUCAAUCAUUAAUCAAGUUGGUUAUGUUUUAUCAAAGUCUAUCAUACUCAAAUUCCUCAAAACAGCAACUGCUAUUUGAAAUAAAAAACCCAUAGUUUCUUUGUAUAAAAGAAAUAUAUACAACCCCUUCUUUUAAUUUGCCUAACAUCAAACCUAGCAAAUUCACAGUUAUUUUGAUUAGAGACUGACCUUAUUUAACUAAUGUAAAUAAAACCUUUUAUUUUUGUAUUUUUAUAAUUUCAAAGUCAAUUUUAAUUAAACAUUAUUGUCAUUGUUAUUAUUAUUCACUUAUCAUGCUAUUAUUAUCAUUAUAAACAUUAUUAUUAACCUUACUAAAACAUGAAUAAUUAGAGUGAAUAAUUGUUUUCACUAACUUCACCAGACUAUACUGUUACAGAUACAAAAUUACUGUUGUAUUCUAACAUAAAAUAUUAAAUUCAUUUAGUAUUAUUUGUUUGAAUCUUCCCAUCGAUGUGUUAGGACUGCAACUGGUCAUUCUCUAAUUGGCAUAUGUGCAUACUGUGCGUAUUGCCUCGAUAUAGCCUUAAUUCACAAGCAUGGUCAGCAAAUAUGGAUAGUGGAAUCUAUGAUACGUGUUUCGUCAUAUUAGGACUCGUCAGCUGGAUGUACCUGCAUCUCAGAGUUGAAGUUCACUGUGGGACUCGAACCCAGUAUCUUUCGCUUCAAACGCCAUCGUGUUAUCCAGUCGGCCCAUGAGGUUAAAUUAAUUUAAUGCUGACACAAUAAAUUAAGAAUAAGAUAUCAUUUGUUCUCAUGUGACUAUACAUAUAAUCAAAUUAAUGAUAUCUCAGUUGUAUAUCUAGUUUGUGGUAAUUUACGAAAAGAUUCCAGAUAACGCAAACUCUAUACAGCUAAAGCAAUUAGCAGCGAUCCUGUUAUCAUUGUAAAAAAUAUUUUAAUCUUAAACUUGAUCAAUCUUUAUAAAAUUUAUUUGGACGUAUAACUGUCGAACGUGAUGAAAAUUUAUUGGAAAGUAUAUUUUUUUGUCUAUAUAACUUUUUAUUUUUGUGUAAAUUGAUAAACAAUCAAACCAUGCAGUAUGGUAUUUUGUAAUUUUCAGCAGUACACUUACAUCACCUUAUCAAGGAUCAAACCCAAAAAGUUCAGUUUUUGAGACAUUUUUCUUUUAAAAGCUACUAAUGUUGCUUUUGAAAGUAAUCGCAUAUCAGUUGAUAAAAACAAAAAUGUAUCAGUCACUCGGUAUCAUGGGUUGAAUAAAACCAAAAAUGGUAACCAUUAAAUGUCAAUUCAUUGGAUUGGGGCCGAAGGUUCCUAAUUUCAAUCCCAAUCGGGGCUGUAGAUCUUUACAAAUAAAGACUGUCGCAAUAAAUGAAGUAGUUUCUGGUAUUUUUGGAUUUCAUUGUUUCUUUAACUAAAAUCUACAAAUUGAACAAAAUCUUCAUAAACCUUUUAUACCGACUCAUAAUUUGUUGUUACAUGUUUUGUUUCAAAAUUAUAAGAAUAAUUUCUUUACGAGAUAUCCAAGUUUCUUUCUCAUGAUAUUUGAUUUUCAGAUUGAACGUGUUCAUUCAUCUGAACGAUCAGAUUGUGGGGUUUUAGAAAUCCGGAACUCUAAAACUAAUGAAUGUCAACAGUAUCGUAUGUUCGAUCAUGUCUUAUUAAAAAUUAAUGUCAGUGAGAGUGUUGCUCAUGGACUAAAUAUACGAUUGGAACUUGUGGGUCUUCCAAGAACAAAUUAUUCUAAAGGUAAACUAGUAAAGGCAAAUAUAACAACAGAAAAUCAUUCAGUCUGUACACCGAGCUUGAAUACCAAUUUGAUAAAGGAUGUACAAGAUAUAGAUGCUGAAAGACGUCAAAAACGUGAAGUGAGUGAUCUGGAACAUGUUGAUGUUUCAAAGCGCAAGCACUUGAUUGCUCAAUUACAUGAUUGUUCUUCACUAUAUCACCGAUUUCAUAAACUUCUACGUCAGUCUAAUGAAGAUGAGAUGGAAACUAACUGAUUUCUAUAUUUCUUGUCAUGCUUCAACUCCAUUUAGAUUAAAAAUAACUAUUUUCUGUGAGGUAGAGUGUGACGUGUAAUGUAACAAUUCCGUUGUAUAAAUUCACGUGAAAUUAGUGCACUAUAAGACUUGUUUAGUUGGAGAAGUUAUGAAUUUCUUUUGCUGUAGAAUAUCAGACUUCAUUUGAAAGAUGAAUACAUUUGACUAAACUCUACUAUAUUUAACUGUUUUUAUCUGCUCUACUGAAAAAAAUACAUGAUUCGUCAUGUGCUUAAAAAAAAAUCUUGAUAAACUCAAUAUCAAAAUUGUACUACCCGCUUUUCAAAAUGUUACAUAAAUUUC